AUGGGCGUGACCAAAGAGAUCUUGUCGGCAGGCAACGGGCCAAAGCCCACGAAAGGUGCGUCCGUGACGGUGCAUUGUACGGGGUACGGCAAGAACCAGGACCUGCAGCAGAAGUUCUGGAGCACGAAAGAUCCGGGUCAGACGCCGUUCACGUUCGCGGUCGGACUGCAGCAAGUGAUCAAGGGAUGGGACGAGGGGGUGCAGGACAUGCAGCUGAACGAGAAGGCGCGACUCACGUGCACGCCUGACUACGCGUACGGCGCCGAUGGGUUUCCAGCCUGGGGAUAUCCUUUCCACUACUACUUCUUCUUCUACUUCUGUACGAUUCAGCCCAACUCGACGCUCGUUUUCGAGAUUGAAGUGCUGGAGAUCAAGUAG